AUGGAUCAGAUUGUUGCUUCUGCGAGGAAUGCGACCCAGUCCGGCAAGCAGUUCGCCUCCAGCUCCGUCGGGCAGCUGGCGAGGAUCGAGGUCCUGGUGACGGUGUGCUGCCUCCUCGUCGGCGUCCUCGUCCUCUCCAACUCGAGGCGGCGCCACAACAGCAGCGGCUUGCUCAGGCUCUUCGUAUGGGGAGCCUUCAUGCUCAACUACCCCGUGAUCUCCUACACCAUCGGCCUGAUGCAGUCGCCGUCCAUCCGGAACGAGCUCUUCGUUGUCUGGGCCUGCUUCCUCCUCCUCCUCCUCGGCAGCGCCGACACCAUGACGGCGUUCAACUUCGACGACAGCAGCCAGCAGACGAGGUCCAUGAUGAACCAGGCCAUCCACGUCGUCUACCUCCUCUUCCUCGUCCUCUACUACAAGGCCCAGCUCCGCGGCGUCUUCGUCGUCAGCCUGUUCCUGCUCUGGAGCUUGAGCGUCGUGCGGCUGGGCCUGCGGGUGAAGGCGUACCUGUCGACGAACCGCUCCCGUGGCCUCAUCCGGGACAACCAGGUCGUGCACGAGUACAUGGAGGGCGAGUGGGUUAACAGCGCCGGCCUCCGACCUCGCUCUGGCUCCUCCUACGACCCCAGAACCAUGAAGGAGUACAUCUACCUCAUCGACGGCAAGGAGGAUGAGAAGGUGCGGUACGGGGAGCAUGUCAUAGAAGUGCCCUACAGGGUCCCGGAGACGGUGGACGUCGAGAAGGUCUUCCAGUGCGAAGGGAAGCUGCUGCGGUUGAGCGGCGGGGAUCGAGGCGCGGCGCGGCGGCGGGACCUGUGUCUCUCCUUCGCCCUCUUCAAGAUGCUCAGGUUAAGGUUCGCCGUCGAUCAUGUCGGUAAUAUAGACUUCCAUUUCCAGUCCAAGAAGUGCCGUGACUUCGUCGUCAAGGGGCUCCUCGCCGACGACCAAGACCUCGACAGGGCGUUCCGGGUGGUCGAAGCCGAGCUCGGCUUCCUCUUCGACUUCUUCUACGCUCGAUACCCGUCGAUCAAGGACAGCCUGGCUCCUGACCUUGCCGUGUACGCUGCCAUACUCACGACCAGCCUGUUCACCCUCUUCUCCCCGGACCUUCUCCAGUACAGCGGGCGGCAGCAAGGAGACGGCGGCACGGCGGCCAACAUUGUCAUCCAUGGCUUCAACCUCGACCUCCUCAUCACCCGUCUUGUCAUCGUCUGGUACAUCUUCCUCGAGUCGUACCAGUUCAUGGCCUUCAUCUUCUCCGAUUGGCACAAGGUGAAGAUGUUGUGCCGGUACGUGCGCAACGAGUCGUGGCAGAACAAGGUGCUCGUGGAGGUCCCGCUCAAGGUUCUGUGCUAUUUCAAUGUGACGAGGUACUGGAAGGGGACCAUCGGCCAGUACUUCAUCCUCGACAACGCCCAUCCUCACUGGAUCAAGACCUUCCUCUCAUGGUUCUCCAUCGAGGCCCAGGCCCUGGACGCGUGGCUCAUGACUCGGUCCGUCCGCUUGACGCCGGAGCUGCGGCGUGCGGUGCUCCGCGAGCUCAAGAACUGCGACGGGGAGAUCACCGACGGGAGGAUGAGGAUGUACCGCCAAGGCGUCAUCGACCUAGACAUCGACAAGACCGGUUACACGUACGCCUCCUACAUCCUGGAGUGGCACGUCGCCACGAGCAUAUGCAACUACAAGUUGGGCAUGGAGAAAAACGCCGCCGCCGCCGCCGCCGCUGACGGCGAGCUCGCGAGGCACCACGAGGUGGCCAUGAAGUUGUCGGGCUACUGCGCGUACCUGCUGGCGUUCCGGCCGGAGUUGAUCCCGAACAAAACGUGCACGAGCACGUCGUACACCCGCGGCACGCUGAAGAACGCCCGUGAGUUCCUCGCCAAGUGCAAAUCCGACGAGGACAAGUACAACAAGCUCAUCGACCUGGGGAGCUCCGCUCACAUGGAGCACCCGGAGGUCCUGUUCCUGUGCGAGGGCUCAAGGAUCGCCCGGUACCUCAUCAACCGGAUCGUCGACGCCGGCGACCUGUGGCUGAUGCUUGCCACCUUCUGGGCGAACAUGAUACUCUACAUCUCGCCGUCGGAUCGGGCGGUGGCGCACGCCAGCAGGAUGGCCACCGGCGGCGAGUUCAUCACCAUCAUAUGGGCUCUGCUGACACACGCCCACGUAGUAGGCCAGAUUGGGAAGCCUGGUGGUAACCCAGGACUGCAUACGCUGCUUGAUAAGGAAAAGAAAGAACGCAUGACAGAGCGCUCUUCCAACAAGUCUCGCGGUAUUCCUGUUCCGAAAAGGGUAAAAAUCCGACGCUACAUGUGA